AUGUUAGUUAUCAAGAAUUCUCUGAAACGCGAGACUGGAAGCAAAAUGCAACAUGCUAAUAUCCAAGCCUCAAGGGCUGUUGCUGCCAUAAUAUGUACUACCUUGGGUCCGCGAUCUCCAUUGAAGAAGCUACUUGAUGCUGGUGAAGGAUUUGCAAAACUAUAUAAUGCAUGUGAAGAAUCCUUCUCCGUUGAUGGUCCCUUAUCAGAUGAAGCUUUUGGAAAAGCUCGUUCUAUUCUAGAUGAUAUGAAGCUUUCUAAUGUGGGUCUCGAACAGGAGGCACAGCUGCAGCAGUCGUUACUCAGGACAGUGUACCAGUUUCUGACUGAUGGCAUUGUCGGCGCUUUUAGCCAAACUUGCAUGGCUCCUCUUGCUCGCCUCACUAUCUUCCUUCAGGUUCAAGAGUGGCGAGCCAAUUGGCUGCAUGAUGAAGACCGGUCCAUCAAGCCAAGGAAGAAAGAUGGUUUUGCUCUGUCAUUUGGCUUUAAUCAGACAGCUGACACGGAGGAUGAUAGAGCAGAUGGAUCUCGCAAUUCAGGUGACUUCCCCAUUAAUCACAAAGAUGGAACAAUUUCGAUCUUCAGCGGAGCAAGGAGUUUAGUUGAUACAUGGAAGAAACGUGUUGAGGCAGAAAUGAAUAUUAAUGAUGCGAAGUCUGGUUCAAGUCAGGCUGUUGCAUGGUCUUCGAGGCCACGUCUUUCUGAAGUUUCUCAUGGAGGGUAUAUAGCUUCGUGGGUCGUCAAGUUUCUCCUCUCAAAGGGUUAUAUUGUUCAUGGAACGGUCAGAGACCCAAGUGAUGAAAAGAACAGCCAUCUAAAGAAAUUGGAGAAGGCUUUGGAGAAUCUUCAACUUUUUAAGACAGAUUUGCUGGACUAUGAAGGCCUUUGCGCUGCCUUUGCUGGAUGCUCUGGGGUUUUCCAUGUUGCCAGCCCAGUCCAUAUUGGCCCAAUAUCUAACCCUGAGGUGGAACUGAUUGAACCAGCUGUAGUGGGCACGCGUAAUGUCUCAAGCGCAUGUGAGAAGGCCAAAGUGAAGAAAGUUGUGGUUGUUUCAUCCACUGGUGCUGUUGCCAUGACCCCCAACAGGCCUAAGGAUCGGCCCAUGGACGAAGAAUGUUGGUCUGACCUUGAAUAUUGCAAGGCAAAUCAGAAUUAUUAUUGCCUUGCCAAAACAAUAGCAGAGAGUGAAGCCCUGGAGCAUACAAAGAAAAGUGAGCUCAACAUUGUAACAGUUUGUCUAUCCUUUGUAUUCGGGCCAAUGCUGCAAUCCACAAUGAAUGGCAGCUGCUUGCUUCUCCUAUCAUUUAUGAAAGAUGGUGGCGAAUCAGUGAAAAAUAUUGUUUAUCCUGUUGUUGAUGUGCGCGAUGUGGCUGAAUCAAUUUUGCUGGUAUAUGAGAACCCUGAUGCAGUGGGAAGAUACAUAUGCUCAGCACACUCAAUCCAAGCUCAAGCUUUAGCAGAGAAGUUGAAGAGCAUGUAUCCUAACUGCAACUACCCUAAAAGUUGUAUUGAAGAUGAGGAGACAUGA